UAUUUAAAUUUAUUUAUUUUAGAGCGAGAGCGCGCAAUGCUGUUUCCAGAUUACUACUUCUUUGCUGAAAGGCGUUUGGUAAACCACACUAUCGAAACACGAAAAGUCAAGAACUUAGAUGACUGUGAGCUUUUUUGCUACCUGAACGACAACUAUGUCAGUCUUAACUUCAAAAAAGAUCCAGGGAUUAAUCCAAAGAAUGACAAAUCAGGUCACAUCUGUGAGCUAAAUAACGCCACACAUCUGAAAUAUGACAGCGACUUGACAUAUGACGCGUUUUUUUACUAUCGUGGCUCGAAGGUAAGUUACCAGAAGAAUUUACGAAUUUGUUAAUUUAGGAUGACAUAUUAAAAAUAACUGACGUUUUGCGAAAAUUUUGCUUCUUCGUUCUUCUUCAACGAUUCGUUCUUUCAAUCCGUCGAUUUUUGUCUCGUUCCUUCAGAACUCUUGUGAUACGUAUUCACUGUGCCAAAAUAACGCAACUUGUCAGACUGGUUUCACCAUAAAGGGAUAUCGAUGCUUGUGCCCUCCUGGGUCCGAUGGAGAACACUGUGAAAAUGGUAAUCUACAUAGUGCUUAAAAUAGCAUGAAUUUCUCUCUUGAUUCAAUGGUGUCGAUUCCUGUUUUUCUCGUUAGAUAGAGUUCCAUUGAAUUUAUCUCGUGCUCGGGUGGCAAACGAAGCGCGGUUCGUGGAGUAGACUUCAACAACGUGAGCAAAGCUCAAGAAUAUUUUGAUACUUUGCUUAGAAUCGCAUGAAACCAGAAACGUGCAAAGCAGUAUUUUGUUUCGUUCAUACAUGUACGGCUCAUGGAGAAGAACUAGAUCCCAGCUUUUACUCCUUUCUCUCUUUUCCUUAUUUCAUUUUUUAAAUUUUUGACUGAUGUUGACGAAUGCAAAACAUACCCUGGCUCAUGUUACGUAUACGCCACUUGUGUUAACACACGCGGAUCGUACGUGUGCACUUGCAAACCUCGAUAUACUGGAGAUAGACGCAAUUGUACAGCGUCAGGUACUGUCAAUAGUCUCAAAAACGUACAAAAGAGUAUUUUGCCUCAUUCAGACAUAUAUGGCUCUUGGAUGAAAAGGCGAAAGCCUGUUUCAAACGUGCGACGCAAAUGCAAGUGCAGACGCAAGCCUUGCGGCGCAAAUACAAGGAUUUACACUUUCAACCACCCUGACACAAAUGCAGACGCAAGCGUCAACGCAAGGAAUGAAAAGUUUUUCAUUUUCUUGAGCUUGUAUUUGCAUUUGCAUACGCUUCUCACACUUGUGAGCCCGGGUAACGCAAAUGCAAACGCAAGGCGAAAAAACACAGGUUCCAUCGAUUCCAUGCCACCACGGCACAGUUCAAACCAGGAAGAUGUCGAAGUCUUCCGCCAUUUCGGUAAUUUCCUGUACUUUCCGACAGAAUUUUUCUUCUCAUGUACAUCUAAGCAUAUUAAAACGACAAAUAUCUUAGUUCUUUACAGAGGAAUACUAGGAGAGAAAAUUCCGUGCGCUUCAAGCAAAAUUCAAACCUUUGACCUCUCUGCGGGUAGUGCUUCGGAUACGAUACUGUGCUCUAGGUGGCUCAUGCUGGCAAAGUCAUUGAACAAAAUGUACGUCAAAAAGUCACGCCAACAUAAUCGAAUUAUUCCUAGAGUUAUUCAUACGUUAUGUUGGGAUUAAUCCUCUUAUUCCAACCCUUACAGCAUGCUCAGCACCCCUGGGUAUGGAUAACCAAUUGAAACUCAUAAAGGACGCUCAGAUCUCAGCCUCUUCAGAGUGGGAUGGAAACCAUGCUGCAAUCCAGGGAAGGUUGAAUUUUUUGGCGCAUCCAGGAAAAAGAGGAGGCUGGUCAGCUAAAAACAAGAAUUUGAAUCAGUGGAUCCAGGUUGAUCUUCUUACUAAGACGACAAUAACACAGAUGGCCACUCAAGGAAGGAAUGCCCACAACCAAUGGGUGAAAAAAUACAGGAUGCAGUACAGUGAUGAUGGAGUGAACUUCAGCUUUUAUCAAAUGCCAGGUCAAAACUUUCCAAAGGUACACUGUAGGAACAUGCUUGUUUUCUUUUACGUCCCGUACUUUCCCCUUGGGUUAGGUCUGGACUUGUAAAGUUAAAGGGUGGGAAAUGAUACUUGAUAUCUGCCAGAAAUAUCUCGUAUUUCAGCUCCAAGCAACUGCUUAUUUGAGGUUCGACCUUAGCAAAUUUUCAUUAAAUAAAAGUUUCACUUCUGACUUUUGGGGUAAAAUGAUGGAUUAACAUCAAAUUUACUUUCUGCUUCUGUUUGCAGGAAUUCAUUGCAAACCAAGACAGUGACACUGUUGUAUUCCAGCAGAUCCACCCAUCCAUUAAGGCGCGUUACAUAAGACUUCUACCCACCAAAUGGCACAAUCAUAUUUCGAUGAGAAUGGAGCUCUACGGAUGUGAAGGUACUAUAGCUACAGGGUGUCCUUUGAAGUAAUCUCGCUAUCAUUCAUAUGUUGAACACAGCUAUUUUCAAGUGACUGUCGUAGGAAAUUCGGGAACGCACUGGUUUUUCUUGACUUCGCUAUUAGAAUCGUUUGUUUCUGCCUUCGCAUGGUCUUCAUGCUUGAUAACAGCAUUAAAACAAAGUUUGGCCUUCAAGCUCAGAGCUGUUUCAUAGCUUAAUAACUUCGUUAAUGUGAAAAGAAGAAGAAAAAGAGAAAAAAGUCUAAGAUAUGUAUGUUUUUAAACAAUAAAUGACCACUCGAUGAUUGAAAUAUGCUGCUAGGGAAAUAUGACGAGCUCCUCCUAUUAGUACUGAUUGACUUCUUGCUGAAUGUGCAGUAAGUAAUGCUCGUGAGACAAAAUCUUUUACCUUUGAUUCUAACGACUUUAAUCCUGUUAUAAUUAUCAUUUCAUUUUGUAGGCAAUCCUUGCAAAAAUUAUAAAAUUCUAAAUGAAAACGACAGGGAGAGCAGUUACUCAACACCAACUAACGGUCCAGAGUCUUGUGACGACCAACUCCCUACAGAGAGUGACCCUGCGGAAUGGUAUCGUUUAAUGGGAGAUGCUGGAACAAAAAUGCCAACAAAGCGUGUGGAUGCAUACCACUGUGGUACAGUCUGGUCAGGCUGGUUGGAUGGUGCUCAUCCCGCACUUAAGGAUGGUGAAGUUCACAGGACAGUCUGCUUUAGUGAUCGUCCCACUGGUUGCAAACACACAAUAGAGAUUUCUGUCAAAAACUGUGGAGCCUACUUUAUCUACAAACUUUUCAAGCCACCUGGUUGUAACUCGCGUUACUGUGGUACAGACUGA